AUGCCAGAAUACAAGUAUUUGUCCGGCUUUGGAUCGCACUUUGAGUCGGAAGAUCCACGUUUCCCGAAUGCCCUGCCGGCAGGCCAGAAUUCGCCCCAAAAAUGUCCCUACGGAUUGUACGCCGAGCAGUUGUCCGGAAGUGCGUUCACGGCCCCCCGUACCGAAAAUACGCGGUCGUGGUUCUACCGUAUCCGGCCAUCGGUGGUACAUCAGCCGUUUAAACAGUUCGAAGGGGUGGCACCGUUUCUGCGUGGCACUGGCUGGGACGAGCAGGCGCCGAAUCCGAACCAAAUGCGAUGGAAUCCGUUCGAUCUACCGGCCGCUGGGGCCGAGGUAGAUUUUGUGGCCGGUUUGCAUACGGUGUGCGGAGCAGGUGAUGUGCGUGGCCGACAUGGCCUGGCGAUACACGUCUAUCUGGCCAACAGCUCGAUGAAGGAUACUGCGUUCUACAACAGCGAUGGCGAUUUUCUGAUAGUUCCUCAGCAAGGUGCGUUGGAUAUAACGACCGAAUUUGGUCGCCUCUACGUCCAGCCGAAUGAAAUUUGCGUCAUCCCGCAGGGAGUUCGGUUCUGCGUGGCCCUGGAGGGUCCCUCUCGGGGCUACAUCCUCGAAGUGUACGACGGUCACUUCCGGCUGCCCGAUCUCGGCCCGAUCGGUGCGAACGGCCUAGCGAACCCGCGUGACUUCCUAACCCCAACGGCCCACUUUGAGGAUCGCUUAGUCGACGGUUAUCGUAUCGUGUCGAAGUUCCAGGGUGCCCUAUUCGUGGCCACGCAAGGACAUUCGCCAUUCGAUGUGGUCGCCUGGCACGGUAACUACGUCCCAUACAAGUACGAUCUGGCUCGCUUCAUGGUCAUUAACUCGGUCAGCUUUGACCACUGCGAUCCGAGUAUCUUCACUGUGCUGACGUGCCCGAGCAACCGCCCCGGUACGGCCAUUGCCGACUUCGUGAUCUUCCCUCCGAGGUGGUCCGUGCAGGAGCACACCUUCCGUCCACCGUACUACCAUCGCAACUGCAUGAGCGAGUUCAUGGGACUGAUCUUCGGUCGGUACGAGGCGAAGGAGGGCGGUUUCCUGCCGGGUGGUGCCUCGCUACACUCCAUGAUGACGCCGCACGGUCCGGAUCAUCGGUGCUUCGAAGGGGCCUCGAAUGCCGAACUAAAACCGGAACGGAUCGCCGAUGGGACGCAGGCGUUCAUGUUUGAAUCGUCACUAAGUAUGGCCGUUACCAGGUGGGGUGAAGAAACGUGCCAAAAGUUGGACGCACGUUACUACGAAUGUUGGCAGGCGUUGGAGAAACAUUUCCGCCUGUAACCGACGGCCAACCAGGAACUGCACCAUAAACACUCAGGAAUUUAAUCGGAUUCGAACAACGCGUGGAAAAUAUUGUGGAUUUGAUAUUUUGCUUUUUUUUGUAAUUCACGAUUUCUUUUUAUUUUAUUUUCUCCUGUAUUUCCUUUCUCCAUUUCGUAUCGUUUCAUACGUUUCCCAUGUGAAUCUCUUUCUUGCAUGUUUUUGUUUGACCUUCAUUAGUUAUGAAUAUAUUUCUUUAAGAAGCAAAUUUU